AGUAUGUAUGAAGUGUUAUGAUCUUUCCCGUCAAGAUCAGGAAAGAGGGAUGUGCAAUGUUCAUCGUCUUUAGUCGAUGAUUGUGUAUAAAAAAAGGUUAACAAUUAAUAAAAUGUUAUGAAUCAUUAUAUCGCAUCUGAAUAGAGAUUAUUUUCUAUGGAGCGUGUUUGAUAUGAAAUAAGAAAUUAAAAUAAAAAAUUGGAGGCAAUUGUCUACUAAAACAGUGGGUGUAAAAAUGGAGCAGCUGCAGACAGCGCUAACAGCUAUCAAAGUACUUCGUUCGAAUGUUGGACAAGUGUUUGAUUCCCUUGGAAAUGGUUUACGGGCAGAGCAUGGAGAUGAAAAUAAAGAAUCUAAGUAUUUAUUAGAGUUACAGGAAUUAUUGACUACUGUGAAUCAUAAUUUGAGGGAUGUAGAACAGGUGAUAAGUAGUUUAAAUCCGCCACCAGGUCCAUUUAAUUUAGCUAGCACAACAUAUCUUAGUCAGGAAACAACACAAGAAAGACAAGCGCUUUAUAGUACACUUGUCAAUUGUUAUAAAUGGACAGAUAAGAUUCACGAAUAUAGUAACGUUGCUUAUACAUUGCUCAAUCAAAAUUCGUUAAAGAGAUCUUAUAUGGUUGCAAGUAGAACCAAGAAAGCGAGACCGUUCUACACCAGUAGUCAUAAUGUAUCUCAAGCGCAAGUCGAUUCUAUGCUAUCAACAGUUGAACGGCAGUUUAGUGACAUGACAGUGUCUGUAUCCCGUCCAUUCGCAUCGAAUGCAGUAUUACAUGUUACACUGGGACAUGUCCUAAAGGCGUUGAUAGCGUUUAAAGGAUUGAUGAUAGAGCGGGUCGUAAUCAAGGGUUAUGGUGAAACAAUGGAUUUGUGGACAGAAUCUAGGCAUAAAGUUUUCCGCAAAGUAACGGAGAACGCGCACGCGGCAAUGUUGCACUUCCAUUCGCUCGCAUUACCCGAAUUAGCAGUGCGCUCAUUUAUGACAUGGUUACAUGGUCUAAACAAUUUAUUUAGCGAACCUUGCAAACGUUGUGGCUUGCAUUUGCACAGUGCAUUACCUCCAACUUGGAGAGACUUUCGGACUUUGGAGCCUUAUCAUCAGGAAUGCAAGCCAUAAGACACAAACUCAGUGUCUUGCAUUUCAAUUGAAUAAAUAUGAAUCUUUGCAAGUACUUUAUUAAUAAUAUACAAUAAUGAAAUAUAAUAAUAUUUAAUCUAUAUUUAGUCUAUAUUUUUUGUCCAAAAACAUUCAUCGAUCAGAAUAUUAUAUAUGCCAAUCUGAUAUGAAAAUUUUUAAUAAGUAAUAAUAAAAAAAUUCCUAUUUAUUUCAAUAUAUGUCGCACGUUUUUGCUGAUUAAUUUUACGAUAGUACAAUAACGCGCGCUCUCUAUCGCGUUCUUCAUUGUUAGGAUGAUGACAAGGUAAAAUAAAACAUUUUCACAGAGAGAAUGUAAGGGCUUUUAUAAAAAGAAUUCAGUUACAUAAUACUUAACAAAUGUAAAUCGCACAGAACAUAUUUACGUUCCGUGAGAGAAAAAUUGCAAAGCAUUAGACAACAUUAAUCGGAAACAACAUACGUCAUAUUACGCGGGCACUCUGUCGAUCGCGCUCACAAUGGGAAGCUGAUCAAAUAUACGAUUAAAUUUCGUCAGAUUUAUUGAUAGUGACGAUAUUUGAAAUCUCGAUUUCGAACUUAUAAUUACAGAUAAAAAUAGAUGCCCUUUUUCAUGUUGUAGAAGCGACGUCGAAGGGGAAAAAGUAUACAUUAUAUACCAAUCGAAUGAUUAUUGUUUAGCAAAGGAAACUUAUGUGUGAUAAUUUUUAGAAUAGUAAUGUAUAAAUGAAUGGGCGCGUAAAUAUUUUCCUUGAAAUAAAUCUGCGACAAGUAUGUAUGUAUGUGAGUGUAUUUUUUUUUCUUUCUCGUUACCUAUGUUCUACGUAUGUAUACCACUCUUAGUAUCGUUAUAUGCUAUUUAGUUUUACAUAAUACUAAUUAAUAUCAUAUGUAAAUAUAAUUACGUUAUUAUAUAAUAUACUUUUCACAUAACUGUACACAUUCACAUCUUGGAAUAUUGGCGCUCUCCUAAGGGGCGCAAGUCGUUUGAGUGGCAGUGAACUUAUUUUACAAAUCGUUAUUGUAAUCACUUAUACUUUGCUGGACUGUUCAAAAAUUUCUCUUGCUUUUUUUCUCUUUUCUCUUUUAUUUCCCACUUUAAGGCUCUAUAAACGUUGUAGUAUUCAAUGAGUUUAAUAUUGUGUCAUUGACUCGAAACCAUUGAUGCGAUCAUUGCUUAUCUUUUUAUCAAAGUCGUGAUGAGUGCGAAAUACAUUAUUAGAUCUUCGCGUUUAAAGUAGCCAUUGUUUUUUAAUAAUAUAUAUGUAUAUAUGUAUAUAUAUGUAUACGCGCGCGCGUUAUUACAAUUUUUUUAGAAACGAAUUAUUCUCGUUAUAGUAUUAUAUGUACGUGGGUCUCAAUUACAGAUAAGUGUAAUCCUUUGCGCAUGUAAGGAUUAAGAAAGGCCUUUCGUACUGAUGCGCUCUCUCUCUCUCUCUUUUUCUCUCUCGAGACGCAUAAUUGCACGGAGACAGAAAAGCCUUUCGUAACUCGCUUACGGAUCUCGCGUUGAUUUUUUUUUUUUUUAAUUACGUUACGGCAUACUGCAUUUUCUCGAGGAUAUAGAAAUUACCGCGCGUGUGAUGAUGAUAACGU